AUGACUAAUAGUAAAGGAAGAUCUAUUACCAGCAGAACAAGUGGUGGUCCAAGUAGUGGAGGAGGUUUUGUAGACUGGACUUUAAGUUUAAAUACAAUUCAAUCUGAUAAGUUUUUAAACUUACUGUUGAGUAUGGUUCCGGUAAUUUACCAGAAAAACCAGGAAGACAGGCACAAAAAAGGAAACAGCAUUUGGCAAGAUGGGUUAUCAACUGCAGCACAAACUUUUAGUAAUAGAUCUGAACAGCACAUGGAAUAUCACAGUUUCUCAGAGCCAUCUUUUCAUGGCAACAGUGGGCACACGCCAUCAAGCUGUAGCCAAAAGUAUGAUGACUACGCCAACUACAAUUAUUGUGAUGGAAGGGAGGCUUCAGAAACUACGGCCAUGUUACAAGAUGAAGAUGUAUCUAGAGAUGGUGAUGAAGAUGUCAUUGUGGAAGCAAACCAGAAAUUACCAAAGGAGUCCAGUGGUGUCAUGGCACUGCAAAUACUUGUGCCAUUUUUGUUAGCUGGCUUUGGAACAGUCUCAGCUGGCAUGGUUUUGGAUAUAGUCCAGCACUGGGAGGUGUUCAAAAAAGUAACAGAAGUUUUCAUUUUAGUUCCUGCACUUCUUGGUCUCAAAGGGAACUUGGAAAUGACAUUGGCAUCCAGAUUAUCCACCGCAGUAAAUAUUGGGAAGAUGGAUUCACCCAUUGAAAAGUGGAACUUAAUAAUUGGCAACUUGGCUUUAAAACAGGUUCAAGCAACAGUAGUUGGCUUUCUAGCAGCUGUGGCAGCAAUUAUAUUGGGCUGGAUUCCAGAGGGAAAAUACUAUCUUGAUCAUUCCAUACUUUUGUGCUCUAGCAGUGUAGCAACUGCCUUCAUUGCAUCUCUUCUGCAGGGAAUAAUAAUGGUUGGGGUUAUCGUUGGUUCAAAGAAGACUGGGAUAAAUCCCGAUAAUGUUGCUACACCCAUUGCUGCUAGUUUUGGCGACCUUAUAACUCUUGCCAUAUUAGCUUGGAUAAGUCAGGGUUUGUACUCCUGUCUUGAGACCUAUUACUACAUUCCUCCAUUAGUUGGUGUCUUUUUCUUGGCUCUAACUCCUAUCUGGAUUAUAAUAGCUGCCAAACAUCCAGCCACAAGGACGGUUCUCCACUCAGGCUGGGAGCCUGUGAUAACAGCUAUGGUUAUAAGUAGCAUUGGGGGCCUUAUUCUGGACACAACUGUAUCUGAUCCAAACUUGGCUGGGAUUGUUGUUUACACACCAGUUAUUAAUGGUAUUGGUGGUAAUUUGGUAGCCAUUCAGGCUAGCAGGAUUUCUACUUAUCUCCAUUUACACAGCAUUCCAGGAGAACUGCCUGAUGAACCCAAAGGUGGUUACUACCCAUUUAGAACUUUUUUUGGUCCAGGAGUAAAUAAUAAGUCUGCUCAAGUUCUACUGCUUUUGGUGAUACCUGGGCAUUUAAUUUUCCUCUACACUAUUCAUUUGAUGAAAAGUGGUCACACUUCUUUAACUGUAAUCUUCGUAGUAGUAUACUUAUUUGCUGCUGUGUUACAGGUGUUUACCUUGCUGUGGAUCGCUGACUGGAUGGUCCAUCAUUUCUGGAGGAAAGGAAAGGACCCGGAUAGCUUCUCCAUCCCCUAUCUGACGGCAUUGGGUGAUCUGCUCGGGACAGCCUUGUUAGCCUUAAGUUUUCAUUUUCUUUGGCUUAUUGGAGAUCGAGAUGGAGAUGUUGGAGACUAAUA